GCCACCCCCGCGCAGCGCGAUGUGGAAGGGCCUGAGCGGGUCGCUACGUCCUGGCUGUCCCGCGGCCGCCGCGCCUGCGCAGUUACAAGCCCUGAGGCCGCGCGCACCGUGCCCUGUCUCGCGUUGCCGGGAUGCCGAAGCUGAGCAAAGAGGCCAAGCAGCGGCUGCAGCAGCUCUUCAAGGGCGGCCAGUUCGCCAUCCGCUGGGGCUUCAUCCCCGUCGUGCUCUAUCUAGGUUUUAAGAGAGGUGCAGAUCCUGGAAUGCCUGAGCCAACUAUUUUGAGUGUCCUUGAAUCCUCCAGCCCUAUCACAGCCUGCUCAAAGACUACAGAACUUGAGGAAGAAGCCAAGGAAAAACAAAGAAGAUUUGGUCAAAGCAGUUAUGAAUCAGUAUGCCAGAGAGAGUAAGAGGCUGCAGGACUGGAGAGAGAAAAUGCAUGAGUGGAGGGAAACACAGAGCAGGAGAAAGGAAUUGGCUACCAAGAAAAGCACAAAGCAGCUGAUAAGCCUCCUGGCGCGCCAGACGGACUGUAUGCAAUCUCUCGUAGCCAUGCAGGCAGAUCAGUACCGUGCUAACCCCC